GGAGGCGUGGCCAUACCUGUCCACACCUGCAUGGACUUGGCUUCCCUUGACGCUUCGUCUGUCUCCAAAGUAGCAGCUGUGUGCACAGCGGCAAAGUGGACUCAUGUGGACUCAAGUGAUCUGAUCUGGAUUGAUUUGUGGGUCAACUUCAACUUUUCAAGAAGUGACAGUAGCAGACAUGGGCAGCAAGGAGCGCUAUCAUUGGCUGGCUCAGGAUGUGAAGGUAAGCGGUGUGGAUGACAUGGUGCUCCUGUCCAAAAUCAACGAGGAUGCCAUCACAGAGAACCUCAAGAAGAGAUACAUGGACGACUACAUCUUUACCUACAUUGGACCGGUUCUGAUCUCCGUCAAUCCAUUUAAACAACUUCCAUAUUUCACAGACAGAGAAGUGGACCUCUACCAGGGAGCGGCUCAAUACGAGAACCCACCUCACAUCUACGCGCUGGCCGAUGACGUUUACCGCAACAUGAUGAUUGACAGCGAGAACCAGUGUGUCAUCAUCAGUGGCGAGAGUGGCGCCGGGAAGACGGUGGCAGCCAAAUACAUCAUGAGUUACGUUUCCAAGGUGUCGGGGGGUGGCGACAAGGUGCAGCAUGUGAAGGACAUCAUCCUGCAGUCCAACCCCCUGCUGGAGGCCUUCGGGAACGCCAAGACAGUCCGGAAUAAUAAUUCCAGCCGCUUCGGAAAGUACUUUGAGAUCCAGUUCAGCCGCGGUGGCGCUCCCGACGGAGGAAAGAUCUCCAACUUCCUGUUGGAGAAGAGCCGCGUGGUUUCACAAAAUCCAGGAGAGAGGAACUUCCACAUCUACUACCAGCUGCUGGAGGGAGCGAGUGGGGAGCAGAGGGAAAACCUUGGGGUCACAACCCCCGACUACUACAACUACCUCAACCAGUCGGGAACGUUCACGGUGGAAGACGUCGACGACAAGAAGGAAUUCUCUGACACUUUGGGCGCCAUGUCGGUGGUAGGCCUGUCCAUGGAGGACCAGGAUUCGGUCAUUCAGCUGGUCGCGGGCAUCCUCCACCUGGGCAACAUCAACUUCCGCGAGGAGAACAACUUUGCGGUGGUAGAGAGUUCCGACUUUCUGGCCUUCCCGUCCUUCCUGCUCGGGAUCCCUCAGGACGCUCUGUGCAGCAAACUGACCAGCAGGAUUAUGGACAGCAAGUGGGGGGGGAAGACCGAGUCCAUCUCGGUCACCCUGAACACGGAGCAGGCCUGCUUUACCCGCGAUGCCCUCGCCAAAGCCCUGUACAGCCGCCUCUUUGACUUCCUGGUCGAUUGUGUCAAUAGAGCCAUUCAGAAGGAUCAGGAGGAGUUCAACAUCGGAGUUCUGGACAUCUACGGCUUUGAGAUCUUCCAGCAAAACGGUUUUGAACAGUUCUGCAUCAACUUCGUCAACGAGAAGCUGCAGCAGAUUUUCAUCCAACUCACGUUGAAGGCAGAACAGGAGGAGUAUGUUCAGGAGGGAAUCAAAUGGACACCCAUCGAGUAUUUCAACAAUAAAGUUGUGUGUGACCUCAUUGAGUCCAAACUGAAUCCUCCUGGCAUCAUGAGCGUGUUGGAUGAUGUGUGUGCAACCAUGCAUGCCAAAGGGGAUGGCGCAGACCAGACACUCCUGCAGAAACUCCAAGGUCAAGUUGGCUCGCACGAACACUUCAGCAGCUGGAACAAAGGCUUCAUCGUACACCACUACGCUGGAAAGGUGUCGUACGACGUCAGCGGCUUCUGCGAGAGGAACCGAGACGUUCUGUUCAACGACAUCAUCGAGCUGAUGCAAGGCAGCGAGUUUCCGUUCAUUCGAGCGCUUUUCCCUGAGAACCUCAACGCCGAGAAGAGAGGACGUCCAACCACGGCCAGCAGCAAGAUCAAGAAACAAGCCAACACUCUGGUCCAGACACUCAUGAAGUGUACCCCUCACUACAUUCGCUGCAUCAAACCCAACGAGACCAAACGUCCUCGGGACUGGGAGGAGAACAGAGUACGACACCAGGUGGAGUACCUGGGCCUCCGCGAGAACAUCCGGGUCCGUCGAGCCGGAUAUGCGUUCCGUCGCGUUUUCAACAAAUUCCUGCAGAGGUACGCCAUCCUGACCAAAGAGACGUGGCCCACUUGGCAAGGUGACCAGCGUCAGGGCGUCCUGCAUCUCUUAAACUCGGUCAAUAUGGACGAGGACCAAUUCCAGCUGGGGAAGACAAAAGUCUUUGUUAAAGCACCAGAGUCGCUCUUCCUGUUGGAGGAGAUGAGAGAGAGGAAGUACAACGGUUACGCUCGGGUCAUCCAAAAGGCGUGGCGUAAACACAUUGCCGUACGCAAGUAUGUGAAGAUGAGGGAGGAAGCAUCUGACAUCCUGCUGAACAAGAAGGAACGACGCAAGAACAGCUUGAACCGGAACUUUGUGGGCGACUACAUCGGCACCGACGUCCACCCGGAGAUCCGGCAGUUUGUCGGUCGCAGGGAGAGGAUUGACUUUGCCGAUGUGGUCAUCAAAUUUGACCGCAGGUUCAGGACGGUAAAGCGUGACCUCAUACUCACCCCCAAGUUCUUGUACAUGAUUGGUCGGGAGAAGGUGAAACAGGGGCCAGAUAAAGGUCAAAUCCAGGAGGUUCUCAAAAGGAAGAUGGAACUCGACAAUAUCCAGUCUGUUUCCCUGAGCACCCUGCAGGAUGACAUCUUUAUUAUCCACCAACAAGAGUAUGACAGUGUCCUCCAGAGUGUCUUCAAGACCGAAUUCCUUAGUCUACUUAUCAAACGUCACCACGAGAAAACUCAGAGUAAUCUUCCGCUGAAGUUCAACAACCUUCUGGAGUUCAAAGUGAAGAAAGGAGGAUGGGGUCCGUUUAGCUCAUCGGGUUCCAGGCAGAUCCAGUUCCAGGUGGGUCAGGGGGACGAGGCAGUCCUAAAACCCAGUGGGAAGGUUCUGCAUGUCUCCAUUGGACCGGGUCUGCCCAAAAACUCACGACCCACAAGGAGGGAUAACCGGAAGAGUUUCUACCGAGACAAUCAUGCCACACCCAGCACCCAGAACACCCCAGGUCCUCACAAUGAGGGCGUCAAGACCCGCCAAGGAAGCUCCUCCAGAGGCACGUUACUGAGGCAGCAGUCCAGCAUGGAGCAGCCCAGUCUGCCCCGACUCCAGAACCAGAACCAGCAUCGGCGUGACAGCGGGCGCGGGUGUGCUAAGCAUGUAGACAUGGGCUUCAUGAACGUCCCGGACCAGGGUGCCGCCGGGCUGCAGCGUCGGCGUUCCAAGGAGAUGAAGCCGGUCCCUGGAGCGGGUCGUCCGAAACCGGCACCUAAACCAAAGCCUCGUUCCCCGCAGUGUCGCGCCCUCUACGCUUACGAUGCCCAGGACACAGAUGAGCUCAGCUUCAACACAGAUGACGUCAUUGAGAUUCUCACUGAAGAUCCAUCGGGCUGGUGGUACGGACGCCUUCGCGGCCGAGAGGGAAUGUUCCCCGGAAACUACGUGGAGAAGAUGUAGCUAUUGAGGUCAGAGCACACUGACCAUUGUUUUACUGUUUAAGAAAUAAUAUCUUUUUACAGACUGACAGCUGUCAGUCAUCACCCUAGGGGUCACAGGUCAACGUGCUGCCAGCAGGCCGUGAAGUAGGCGGCGGUUACAUGUUGCCAUGGAAACCAGAGAGGAAGUCAAUGCGGUGGCUGGGAUUUGAGGACACAUGUUCAUUAACAUUAAUUAAUUUGAAGUUAAUUGUGUUAAUGGGUGUUCUGUUCAUCUUCUUUGAACGGAAUGUGAUGCCUGAAAGCCCCCGUGCAAACACAGAAAUCAACUCGUGUCAUUAAAUGAACAAGUUGGGAUA